AUGGUGCACGGACACGGUGACUGGUCUAAGGGACACGGAGACUGGUCCAAGGGACACGGCAACUGGUCCAAGGGGAACGGAGACUGGUCUAAGGGACACGGAGACUGGUCCAAGGGACACGGCAACUGGUCCAAGGGGAACGGAGACUGGUCUAAGGGACACGGAGACUGGUCCAAGGGACACGGCAACUGGUCCAAGGGGAACGGAGACUGGUCUAAGGGACACGGAGACUGGUCUAAGGGACACGGAGACUGGUCCAAGGGACACGGCAACUGGUCCAAGGGGAACGGAGACUGGUCUAAGGGACACGGAGACCGGUCCAAGGGGCACGGAGACUGGUCUAAGGGACACAGAGACUGGUCUAAGGGACACGGAGACUGGUCCAAGGGGCACGGCAACUGGUCCAAGGGGCACGGCAACUGGUCCAAGGGGAACGGAGACUGGUCUAAGGGACACGGAGACUGGUCUAAGGGACACGGCGACUGGUCUAAGGGACACGGAGACUGGUCUAAGGGACACGGUGACUGGUCUAAGGGACACGGAGACUGGUCCAUGGGACACGGCGACUGGUCUAAGGGACACAGAGACUGGUCUAAGGGACACGGAGACUGGUCUAAGGGACACGGCGACUGGUCUAAGGGACACGGAGACUGGUCUAAGGGACACGGUGACUGGUCUAAGGGACACGGAGACUGGUCUAAGGGACACGGAGACUGGUCUAAGGGACACGGUGACUGGUCUAAGGGACACGGCGACUGGUCUAAGGGACACGGAGACUGGUCUAAGGGACACGGAGACUGGUCUAAGGGACACGGUGACUGGUCUAAGGGACACGGAGACUGGUCUAAGGGACACGGAGACUGGUCUAAGGGACACGGUGACUGGUCUAAGGGACACGGAGACUGGUCCAUGGGACACAGCGACUGGUCUAAGGGACACGGUGACCCCAUGAGACUGGUGGUGGACCCCCGGCACCUCCCGCAACUCAUGCUGGAGGAGCCGCAGCCCGCCUCGCUGGGGGCCACCCUGGGGCCGCGCAACUCCACGCCGGCUGGGGGCGAGGGGCCGCAGCAGCACUCCUUCCCCUGGGCGGUGACGCUGCUGGCCGGCGUGCUCAUCACCACCAUCGUGGUGGACGUGGUGGGAAACAUGCUCGUCAUCUUGUCCGUCUUCAGGAACAGGAAACUCAGGAAAACUGGAAACGCCUUCGUGGUGAGCCUGGCGCUGGCCGACCUGCUGGUGGCCAUCUACCCGUACCCGCUGGUGCUGUCGGCCAUCUUCCACGACGGCUGGAUCGCCGGCUACAUCCACUGCCAGAUCAGCGGCUUCCUGAUGGGCCUGAGCGUCAUCGGCUCCAUCUUCAACAUCACGGGCAUCGCCGUCAACCGCUACUGCUUCAUCUGCCACAGCCUGAAGUACGACCGGCUCUUCUCGGGCGCCAACACCGUGGGCUACGUGGCGCUGGUGUGGGCGCUCACCGUCCUGGCCAUCGUGCCCAACUGGUUCGUGGAGUCGCUGCAGUACGACCCGCGCGUCUACUCCUGCACCUUCGCCCAGUCCGUCAGCUCGCUGUACACCAUCGCCGUGGUGGUGGUGCACUUCGUCCUGCCCAUCGCCGUGGUCACCUACUGCUACCUGCGCAUCUGGAUCCUGGUCAUCCGGGUGCGGCGCCGCGUCAAGCCCGACUCGCGGCCCAAGAUCAAGCCGCACGACCUGCGCAACUUCCUCACCAUGUUCGUGGUCUUCGUGCUCUUCGCCGUGUGCUGGGCGCCGCUCAACCUCAUCGGCCUGGCGGUGGCGCUGGAACCCGGGCUGGGCCGCGCCAUCCCGGAGUGGCUCUUCACCGCCAGCUACUUCAUGGCCUACUUCAACAGCUGCCUCAACGCCGUCGUCUACGGCGCCCUGAACCACAACUUCAGGAAGGAGUACAAGCGCAUCGUCCUCAUCAUCUUCAGGUUCCACUGCUGA